AUGUCAUUAAAGACUAGAACACAACAACAAAAAUCAACCAUAAAAUCAAAUAUAUUAAAAUCUUACGAACAAUGUUUAAAACAAGGAAUUUCUAAUGAAAAAACAUAUGGAUCUGAUUUUAUAGAUGAUUUCAUUGUCGAACGAUAUCCAUAUCCACCAUAUUCAUGGAAUAUUAACCAAUUAACAUCUGAUAACAAGAAAAUCAACAAACAACAUAUCAAUGAAAAAUCAAUUCAAACAUCUAAGAAAAAAAUUAAAUCAAAAUCUAUUUCAAAAAAACCUAAAUCGAAUGCAUCACAACGUUCAAAAUCAAAAUCAAAAAAAUAUCAACGAUCAAAAUCUCAAAAACGAUAA